AUGGGUGACUACUCGAAAGCACUUGAGUUUCACGAAAAAUCGCAUCAAAUAAGAGAAAAAUCUCUUCAUUCGAAUCAUCCCGAUUUGGCUAUUUCUUACAACAACAUCGGUGAAGUGUAUAGAAACAUGGGUGACUACUCGAAAGCACUUGAAUUUUACGAAAAAUCGCAUCAAAUAAAAGAAAGAGCUCUUCCUCCGAAUCAUCCCGAUUUAGCUACUUCCUAUAACAAUAUCGGUGUUGUCUAUAACCACAUGGGUGACUACUCGAAAGCACUUGAGUUUCACGAAAAAUCACAUCAAAUGAAAGAAAAAGCUCUUCCUCCGAAUCAUCCGGGUUUGGCUAUUUCCUAUAACAAUAUCGGUCUUGUCUAUAACCACAUGGGUGACUACUCGAAAGCACUUGAAUUUUUGGAAAAAUCAACUAAAGUAUUCGAAAUAUCUCUGCCCCCGAAUCAUCCGGAUUUGGCUGCUUCCUACAACAACAUCGGUCUAGUGUAUAAAAACAUAGGCAACUACUGA